CCGGCGGGAGAGAAGGACAGAGAGAGAGACAGGAGGGAGACAGAGGGACAGACAGGCCGAUGGCGGUCACGGCUCGCUACCUGAUCUAUUUCCAGUACUGCGGCACCAACUACAGUGGAGUCAUGAAAACUCCUUCACACCAGCCUGUUGCCGGGGUUCAGAAUCACUUGGAGGCUGCGCUGCAGAGACUGCGGCCAGACAACGAGGUGACCGUGUCCAUCUCGAGCCGGACGGACGCUGGCGUCCACGCCCACUGCAACUCCGCUCACUUUGACCUGCGGAGGAAGAAGGGGAAGGAGCCGUUUCCCGAGGAGCUCUUGGUCAGCGGCCUCAACUUCCACCUGAAGCCCGAGCCCAUCAGCAUCCUGAAGGCCUUUCGGGUGAGCGACACGUUCCACGCCCGGUUCAGCGCCCGGUCUCGGACGUACACGUACCGGCUGGUGACGGGGUGCGCCCACCACUCGCAUCUCCCCGUGUUUGAACGCAAUCUCUGCUGGCCCGUGUCCAGCAGACCUCUGAACACAGACGCCAUGAGGGAGGCAGCGAGCUUGCUGCUGGGCACGCACGACUUCAGCACCUUCCGCUCCUUGAACUCCGAGACCCCCUUCAAGUCACCGCUGAAGACACUGCUACAGGCCGAGCUCACGCCGGGAACCAGCAUCGCCACGCAGCAGACCCAUCACAGCCACCUGGAGUUCCUGGACCUCACCUUCCAGAGUCCGUCUUUCCUCUACAAACAGGUGCGGAGAAUGACGGGGGCUCUGGUGGCUGUUGGCCAGGGCAGGCUAACACCGCGGCACAUCGUCGAGUUGCUGGAGUGCCGUGACUCCAGGGCCUAUCCCGGCAGUUUCAUUGCACCACCCGGCGGCCUCUUCCUCAACACCGUGGAGUACGAUGAAAACGGUAAGCGAUCUUCGGGUGAAAGAUGACAUCACUGGGUGACGGGGGGGGGGGGGGGGGGGGGGAGUACGUGGACCACCUGUUGUCAUGGCAACCGGCAUCUAGGACCCAGAGCGACCGGGCCCCUACAUCGACUCAUGUGGACAUCAAUACUCCCGAAUGUGUCUGGAGUUAUGGAGAAGAUACAAUGCUGGAUGCAGGCUCAUGUUAAGCUGCCAAAAAUCAUCAGCUUCUAAAACUCUGGCUUGGUGGUGGGUGUCAGUGAGUGGGGAUGGAGCCAGAAUCUCCCAGCUUGGCAAAGUCCAUGGCCCCAGCCCCGACAGACAGACACACACACGCACACACGCACAUACACAC